UAACAGAAGUUUCCAAAGCAUCUGCUGCACAGCGAGCAGGUCGUGCUGGACGAACAGGGCCAGGAAAGUGCAUUCGGUUAUAUACUGCCGAUCACUACAAACAGCUCAAUGAUAAUUCUGUUCCAGAAGUACAGAGGAGCAAUCUUGCUCAUGUUGUUCUGAGUCUGAAGAGUUUGGGGAUAGUGGACAUGCUGGACUUUGAUUUUAUGGAUCCUCCGUCCAACGAGUCUCUUCUGAAAGCACUCGAACUUCUUUUUGCUCUGGGUGCUCUGAACAGUAAGGGUGAGCUCACUAAGCUUGGGAGGUCAAUGGCCGAGUUUCCACUGGAUCCAAAACUCUCCAAAGCACUUAUUGCUUCUGAAAAGUACGGAUGCUCGGAGGAGAUAAUGACAAUUGCUGCAAUGCUUUCUGUUGGAAAUGCAAUAUUUUAUCGUCCCAAGGAUAAGCAUGUACUGGCAGAUAACGCAAAGAAGAGCUUUGAAUAUGGGGAUGUUGGCGACCACAUUGCUCUUUUAAGAGUGUAUAAUUCUUGGGAGGAGUCAAGCUUCUCUAGUCUCUGGUGUUAUGAACACUUCGUCCAAUUCAAAAGCAUGAACCGAGCAAGAGACAUACGAGAGCAGUUGAAAGGGCUAACGGUGAGAGCUGGAAUUAACCUGAAAUCGAAUUCGAGCGACUUGAAAGCAAUAAAAAAGUCUAUAAUCUCAGGUUUUUUCCCUCACAUUGCAACUUUUCAGGCUUCCGGAUCCUACAGAACUUUAAGAAGUCCUCAGAUUGUUGAUAUACACCCGAAUUCAGGAUUGGCUAGGGCAAUCCCACAACCUAAGUGGAUUGUUUACCAUGAGCUGGUACUUACAGGAAAAAAGUAUAUGCGACAAGUAACUGAAGCAAAACCAGAGUGGUUAUUGGAGAUAGCUCCUCACUACUUUGACAGGACAGAAGUUAAAGAGUCAGCCCUGAAUAAGCACAAGAAGCACCUUGGUGCAUGAUUGAUUGUUUAUGUUUUUAAGAUAAGUUUUUCAGUUUCUUAUAUUGACUACAAAUUAGAGUUUUGCUUCUCUUUAACUGAGCUGUUUAAUUUUGAACUUCAGCUUUUCAACUUCUGCAACAUGCAAAUUAUUUCACGGAUAAUGCUAAUUUAUGUUGCAUGAA